UAGGCUUGGUAGGGUUCAUAUCUAUAGAGAGGAGAGAGCGAGGGAUGUUCAAGAAGGCGAGCGAGGUCAAGGCGCAGCAGCGCCUCUCUGGCGCCGAUCGCAAGAAGCUGCGUCGCAGCAUUUGCGAGCGAUUCGGCCACGCCACUGACGCGCACAUCGAAUCCAUCCUGCCGGCCAAGGCGGAUGUCACCGUGGCGAAGCUCGCCAAUCCCAAUCGCCUCCAUGUCUACGUCGUGGAUGGAGGGCCGCCAAUGCUGUUCGAUGUCGAUGGUGAAGUCUUUCCAACAGUGUAUGCCCUGUGGAAGCUACCAUCGCUCCUCCCAGCUUUUAUUCUCAAGGGUGCUGAAGUCUCACGCUACGUUGUUGGUGGUGCCGAUCUUAUGUUUCCUGGCAUCACUAUACCCCCGGAAGGCUUGCCAGAGUUUGAGGCAGGCCAGCCGUGGGUUGUCAAGGUGCCGGGAAAUGACUUCCCCAUUGCUGUUGGAACGACGGCCAUGAGUAGUACCGCGGCUAAGAAAGCUGGCUAUCGCGGCAAGGCCCUUCGCAUUUUGCAUUUCUACCCUGAUACGCUCUGGAGCUCGGCUGAGGGAAGAUACGUUCCCAAUGCGGGUUUCUCGGAGGGCAUGAUUUCGGAAGAUCCAUCCACCAGCCAGCAGGCGGGUGAUGGUGAAGGCAGCGCUCAAGGUGUAGACGAACAAGACCAAGAACACGAGCAAGAACAAGAACAAGGUGGUGCCAAUAGUGGUGACGAUGGGACCGAAAUCUAUCAAGUAACGGAGCCAGAAUAUGUGGCUGUGGAUGUCAAGGACUUGAAGCUAGCACCGGAUACAUCGGCUGCCGAAGAAGCUGACGAGGAGUGUAGCAGCAUUGAGGUUGGAAGUUCAACGGGUGUUAGCACCGAGGAGAUGGACUUGCUACUCGACAGGUGCUUACUGCAGGCCCUGCAUACGACCGUCAAGGACAAGGAUCUACCCAUUCCUGCAAGCAUUCUUUGGUCAGGGCACAUUCUUCCUGCCAGGCCUGCAGGUAGCACGGUAGACAUCAAGAAAUCUUCGCACAAGAAGUUGUCAAAGUGGCUUCAAACCAAAUCUGCCAGCGGCUUGAUAGUAGCGAAGGAGAGCAAGCCUCGCAAGGAAAUCAUGUUGUGCAGCGUAAACAGAAGCCAUGCGCUAUACCAGGAGUUCAAGCCCGAGAAGAAGGUGGCUACCUCUGAACAUACCACACCAGAUUCGAAGAGCGCAAACGAGAGCGUGCAAAGUCCGUUUGAAGCCGUGGAGGUGUGGAAGCCUACUCACCAUGUGGCACCCAUAUUGAAUGCUGUGGGAGCCGAUGCAUCCAAGUUUUACACCGCGGCCGAGGCAAGUGAGGUGGUGUUUUCGUACGUGGACAAGGAAAGCUUGGUGAAACCAGACAACAAGGCGGUGGUUGCACUGGAUGCCGUCUUAUGCGACGCUUUGUUCAAAGGAGCUGUGAAGAAGGGCUCGUCGUACCCGUCGGAGGUCUUGAAAAGGGACCUCGGUGCCACAUUCCUGGGCCGGAUGCAAGCACAUCACAAGGUGACCAGAGACGGCAAGUCCGUGGUUCGAAAGGGAGCACUGAGAUGUGCACAGAUAAUAACGGAGCGAAGGCAAGGAAACAAGAAAGUGACGCGGGUGUCGGGCCUCGAGUCGUUUCUGGUGGAUCCAGAUGCGCUAGCAGCGGAGCUCCAGAAAAAGUUUGCGUGCAGCACAUCGUUGGCCGAAGUCCCCGGGAAGAAAGGCGAGAAGGAGAUACUCGUCCAGGGUGGCGUCAUAGAAAACCUUGGGAAGCAUCUAGUGCAACAGUAUGGGAUUCCAAAGAAGUUUAUUGAGAUACUGGAUAAGACGAAGAAGUGAUCAACUGGUUUGGGUGUC